AUGCAACUCACAAAUGAAAAGCAUGCAGAGGAGAAACCUAUUAAUGCUAUCGUUAUAAAUUCAGUAUCCGAAUUCAAUAUCACAGAUGGGCCAGCCCAGGAAAGCCCCAAUGAGAAAAGCCUGUCAGGAUCGAGCACUUCACUCUCCUCCCUCGAAGAAUGCCAAACGAAAUUUCCCUACCUCCAAACUAAUACUUCAGUUCAUCGGAGAGACGCUGAUGAGGAGUGUGCCUCCCUGAUCCUCACCUGUCUCUUUUGCCAGUUCUUGGACUGCCUCCUCAUGCUCCCGGACACGUGUGAAACGGUAUGCAUCAACCUGUGCUGCCCCUCUCACAGGUACUACUCUGCCUCGGAUGAGAACCAUGCACGCAAUGAUUGCAACUUGAGCUGCGACGUGGACUGUAGCCUCUUUGAAUCCUGCCAUGAGACCAGUGAAUGCCUGGAGCUGGCCAUGGAGAUAUCAGAAAUCUGUUACCGCUAGUGCAAAGAGGGCUGGGCACACGUGUGGCCCUAGUACAGUGCAUCUGAGAUUAGAGCUCCAUGUGCCCAAAUGCAAGGACCAUACAGGUUCCUUGGAUGUUCUAGGCCAGUCCAUGCUACUACUGUCAACUCAGUGGUCUUGUUCCAAAUUUUGCAACUGCAUGGCUCACUGCAAAAUAUGAUUCUUGAUCACACAUGUGACUGAACAAAUCUCAAAUACCUCUUAUAUGCCAUAGGUAGAAGAUGUUUCUUGACUGUUAAAACAGCAUGAUAUUCCACUCUACGCUCUUGACUCAGCAGCCUGCCUGGUGGCUCCAAGUUCAUUCAU